AUGGCCAGCCUGAACAACGACUCCUGGUCGAUUGGCCUCUACGGCUGCUGUGACGAUCGCGUGUGUGCUGCAGGCUGCCUGACGUUCUUCUGCCCGUGCGUGGCCUUCGGGAGGAUCGCCGAGAUAGUCGACAGGGGAGGCACAUCGUGCUGUGUGAGCGGGACGCUGUACAUGCUGCUGGCCUCGGUGACGGGGGGAUGGGGCUGCCUCUACUCCUGCUGCUACCGCUCCAGGCUGCGGGAGCAGUACGGGCUCAAGGAGAAGCCCUGCGCCGACUGCUGCGUCCACUGGUCCUGCGAGUUCUGCGCCCUGUGCCAGGAGUACCGCGAGCUCAAGAACCGCGGCUUUGACAUGCGCCUCGGGUGGCACGCCAACAUGGAGAAGAUGGGGAAGAGCGCUGCCACCGUCGCGCCUCAGGCUUACUCGGGGAUGACUCGCUAG